CGAAACUAAUAAUCUCAAUUCUCAAACAUUUAUCCUUUUUCCAAAAAUCAUAUAUUGCGUGUCUAUAAGUGUGUGAAUUAGUAUUACGGGAGGGGGGAUCGAGUAAAAUGGGUCGGAUGAUAUCAGCGAUGUGGCUGCUAGUUUCUGCAUGUGCUGUUAUGCUUUUCUGGUUUGCUACCGGAGACGAUCAGGUUGACGCUAUAGUUACACUAUUGGGCGGUUUGACUAAUACUAUCGAUCAGAAAAAGGUCAUGGAUGAAUUCGAUCAAACACUUGUCAAUCCCUGUAGUUGGACCAGCCUGGUGGGAUGCAAUGGAAAUUCCGUUAUUAGAAUUACUCUGAGUAGGCAACCACUUUCGGGACAACUUUCAGAGCUUAAUGAUCCAGAUCAUGUGAAAGCCCUUUCAGCGUUGACGCAUUUGUCUAUUUACGAGUGUGGUAUCAAUGGUUCCAUCCCCCUAACGUUUGGCAAGUUCACAAAUUUGAUACAAGUGCACCUCAAUGGCAACAAAUUAAGUGGACAAAUCCCUGAAAAUUUGGGCAGUCUCCCAUCACUAAGUGUCCUGAUGCUCCAAGAUAAUCUCUUGAGUGGUAAAGUUCCUGAGAAUCUCAUUUUAAAAUCCGCAAGUAUGACACUUAAUGUCUCAAACAAUGUGGAAUUGGAUGUCUCAGAAUUGUCUCCACCUACAGCCAUAUCCGUUUCGACUAUCACAACUCCUAUCAGUAUUGGAUGCAUAAUUAUUACCACAAUCACUUGUGCGCUUGGAUUUUUAUGGUAGCAAGCUUGCUGUUGCUGAACAAUAUACAUUGGACGGUCAUGCAAUGGGAGAGCUUAAUUACGUGAAUGCUCAAUAGCUGUUAAUGCACUUCAAGAUUUAUCUAUGUAACGAAGCAUUAGACUUUUUU